AUUUCUUUGGUUCCUCAGUCUUGCCUGGGCUCUCGACAGAAACGAAGUCAUCGGAAGUGAGAGUGGAAAGGUGUGAAGAAGCUGUUCUACAAGGAUCGCAUAUAGGGCUGCAGAAUGUGGGCGGCGAAAUAUGUUUUAUGCGCGCUAACAUGCGUUGCAUUUGCUUCAGCUUCUCCUAGUGCGGAGAGGAGAAGGAAAAAUAUUAUGAGUAUUCCUGAGGAUCCCAAAGUUCCUCUGUCCCUGGCGCCAACUUUGGACAUGAGCUGCUCGGCGGCCAAUGUCCUUCCGCCGGAGAUCAAUCAUGGAAAGGUGUCCCUCUUCGACCGACGCCGAAGGGGUACCAAGGUUUUCCUAGUGGCCUUUUUCAUCUGCAACGAGAGCUACGAAUUCGAAAACGGAAACACUCAAAUGUUUUGCUCGAACCAGAAGUGGGUGGGUGAAAUACCAACCUGCAUUCCCGAGCCGGAUUAUUCAGAGCCUGAGGAGGAAGUUGAGGAAGAGGUUGGAGAGGAUGACUUAGAUGAGUAUGAGACGAUCCCCAAUGAUGAUAUCGAGGAAAGCGAGCUUGAUGUAAAUGAAGAGCAAGUGGGAAAUGAUAGGGAACCACCACCGCCACCUCCGCCACCGGUAAAGGAAGAUGACUUGUCUCUAAGAGCAGCCAAUUCCAAACCAGAACCGGAAAUCGUUAUUAAUAUUCCAUCGGAACUUCCUCAAGAGUCGAGUGUUUCAACUUUCCAGGCCGAAACUCCCCUGAAAUCAGAAAACGAAACUUUUGUUGAAAUUUCAAAUGAAUCUGAACCUACGAAUACCGGAAACGAGACCCCCCGGAAACCCACAAAAGAUCCCUAUGAGCCGACCUUCUUGGACAACAACUGUGGGGAGGAUAAUGGCGGAUGUGAGCAAAUAUGCCGGCGAUUGCUCUACCCAGAUGAGAACCAGCCCAUACAGAAAUGUGAUUGCCAAACGGGCUACACUCUGAAUCCCAGCGAUUAUGCCACCUGUCUUGAUAUUGACGAAUGUCAGGAGUCGAAUGGCGGUUGCUCGGAAAUUUGCGAAAACUUGCCUGGGGAAUACAAAUGCAGCUGUCAGGCUGGUUAUUAUAUCGAUGCUUCUGGAAAAUCCUGCGAGGACAUCAAUGAAUGCGCCAACCCUGAGCUGUCUUUGGACUGCCAAGGUGAUUGCGAGAAUCUUCCCGGUUCCUAUCAGUGUGUGAAAAAAGUGGAAAAGACCGACUCCACUUUGGUGGUGGAGACUCCCGCCGAGGAGGACAACGAUAUUCCGGUGGAAGUUUCCAAAAUCCCUCCUGCGAAGAAGUCAUGUAAUCCCGGCUUUGAACUUUCUGUCGAUGGUAGUGAGUGUCUGGAUAUCAACGAGUGCGAGGUGAAGGGUCCCGAAGACCUGAGUUCCAACGCCGUGUGUCAGCAAAAUUGCGAGAAUACCAUUGGAUCCUUCCGUUGUAGCUGCGGUGAAGGCUAUCAUCUGCUCGAGGAUCAGCGGAGCUGCGCCUUGGACAGCUGUUCCGAUCUGGAGAAUCCCCAGCUGAACCGCACUCGCUGUGCCCACAAAUGCGAAGAUCUACCGGAAGGAAGCUACCAGUGCACGUGUCCCAAGGGCUAUGAGCUCGCCGAGGAUCUGCGUUCCUGUUUGGUGCAGGAAUCCCCUUGCUCCAAGGACAAGGGAGUCGAGAAGUGCUCGCCGGGAAGCUGUUUGGCCAGCGAGGACAACACCAGCUUCAGUUGCAUCUGCCCAACUGGCUACCGCAGUGAGGUGUUCAGUUGCCAGGACAUCGACGAGUGUGCCGAGGAGACGCACCUGUGCAGUCACAGCUGCCGGAAUACCCCCGGUGGCUAUGAGUGCCUGUGUCCCGAGGGACAGAGCCUGGUCGAGGAGUACACCUGCCUGGCCGAGAAUCUCUGCGAGGUGAACAACAAUGGCUGCGAACAGAUCUGCCUGACCGCUCGAGGAGGAGCCUGCUCCUGUCGCGAGGGAUUCCGCCUGAGCGCCGACGGCAAGAGCUGCGAGGAUGUGGACGAGUGUCUGGUGAAGAACGGGGGCUGCCAGCAGGUGUGCCGCAAUCUGCCAGGUUCGUAUGGGUGCCUCUGUGCCGCGGGCUAUGAGCUCCUCAAGCUGGAUGGCCUGCGGGGCUAUUGCUUCGACAUCGACGAGUGCUCAAGGGGAACCCACGAGUGCAGCGAUGAAAAGCUUUGCGAGAACCUCAAUGGUUCGUACACCUGCCUCUGCCCACCCGGCUAUGCCCUGGGUUUGGAUAACCACAUCGCCACCACCUCACCUAACACCUCAUUCUCUCAUGAAUCCACCUCAUUUGAACCUUCAUCUUCAUGCUUGGACAUCGACGAGUGCUCGCUGGCCAAUGGGAACUGCUCGCACUUUUGCCAAAACGAACCAGGUGGCUUUCAGUGCAUCUGUCCCUUGGGCUACGCUCUCUCGCAGGAUAUGCGCACCUGCGAGGACAUCGACGAGUGUAGCGAUGAAAAUGGCCAGUGCUCGCAUCUCUGCUUGAAUCAACCGGGGGGCUAUGCCUGCGCUUGCGACGAGGGCUACGAGCUAACCUCCGAUGGCUUCGGUUGCUCCGACAUCGAUGAGUGCUCCCGGGACUAUGGAAACUGUAGCCACAUCUGCAUCAAUCUUCUAGGUUCCCAUGCCUGUGCCUGCGAAAGGGGAUACGAGCUGGGCAAGGACAAGCAGAGCUGCCAGGAUGUGAACGAGUGCGCGGGUCUCCUCUCCGGCGGCUGCUCCCACGAGUGCAUCAACAAGGCGGGCACCUACGAAUGCGGCUGCCCCUUGGGCUACGCCCUCAACGAGGACGGACGCACUUGUCGUCCCGCCCUGGUGGGUUGUCCACCGGGCACUCGGCGAUCCUCCGAGGGCUGUACUCCCAUCAAAUGCGAUGUGGGUUUCACUCUGGGAUCGGACGACAAGUGUGCGGACAUCGACGAGUGCCUGGUGAAGAACGGAGGAUGCUCGCAUCGCUGCUCGAAUAGCGAGGGUUCCUUCAAGUGCAGCUGUCCGCCAGGCUAUAAACUAGGUGAUGAUGAUAGGACCUGCGAGGAUAUCGAUGAGUGUGCUCCGGGCAAAACGAGUUGUGUCAGCGGAAAGUGCAUAAACGAGAUUGGUGGCUUCCGCUGCGAAUUCCCCAAGUUCCCGGAUCUCCCAGAGAUUCCUUCAGUCUCGGAGUUGCCCAAAUCGACUCAAACAGAAUCAAGGAAACCCAAAUAUCCAGAUUUUAACGAGUUGUCCAACCACAUACCUGAAAAGCCAAAAUAUCCAGCUGUUGUGCCCAUGCCAGAGAUUCCAAGGCUUCCUCCCUCUCUUGAUGGUAUACUCAGAACCAAAACACCUGACUUUAAAAUUCCUGAGCUGCCCAAGAGUCCGGAGGUUAAUCCGAUACAACCCAGGGAUCUCUGUCCUCGAUUCCAGGCGCCACGAAAUGGCAGGUCGCACUGCAACAGGUAUCGCCAUAAGCAGAAGCACUUCUACAACAGUCGCUGCCGAAUUACCUGCAAUCCGGGAUACGUUCGUCGGGGUCCGGAACUCAAAAGCUGUGGCGCCAAUGGAAUUUGGGAGGGUCCAGAGACCCGCUGCGUGGCUAUCAAUCAACAUCGUGCUCAGACUCCUGGAAUCUGUCCUGCCCUCAAGCCCGCUCGCAAUGGAUUUAUCCUACCGGCUAGCUGCACUCAACAACCAUCCAGAUUUGGAGACGUUUGCCAACUUACUUGCAAUCCCGGCUUCGUUCCCACCGGAUCCAUGCUGGCCUCCUGCAUGAUGUGGCAGGGUUGGUCCUUCGGCACCGAUCUCAAUUGUCAGCCAAUUGAUAGAUCUGUGUUCGGAAACAGUCUGUUCUCUACCCCGUGGAAUUCUCCGAUAAAAGUGGCACCGCCUCCAACGCAGCCACCUAAACCCUAUAUUAAAUGUCCUGAGGAUGUGGUGAUCUUACUACAUCCCGGUGAGCAGAAGGCUCACGUAACUCUUCAGAGACCGGAAACCAAUAUUAAGAAUCCCCACUUGGUUGUCCAUCCCUCGUGGGCGAGUGAGCUUGAAGGUCAUUUGCCAGCUGGUGUUCAUAAGGUCGACUUUAAAGUCUUCCAUUCGAACGACCAAACAGUCGGAUGUAGCACUACAAUCACUGUUAAGCCUGCAGAUACAAGUUCCCUUAGUUUUCCCUAUCAAAGAUCUUCCCUCCCCAGACCAGCUCCAUUCGCCACCCUAGCCACUAGCAGUUCCUCUUCAUUUUCACCAUCUAGACCCUUUGAAUCAGCUUCCUUUCCCACAUUUUCAACACACAGUUCCAUUCGACAGUCGCCAUUUGGAAGUAGUAGUUCAUCAUUUGCUGGGUCAUCAGUUCAGGCCAACCCAGAACCCCUUUCUCUGGAGUCAGCUCCCAAAACAGCCCCAUUUAGCACAUUUUCCAGCCACAGUUCACUUCGGCAACCCGAAUUUUCUAGUUUUGACUCCGCAGAUACUGCGCCAUCAUCUUACUCCAGUCUGGAACCCCUUCCGCAAAGAUCAGCCAAGCUAAUUAGCCCUGCUCCCACUCGUAGUGAAAGUACUCGAGUGGAUUUGGGAUCCGAUACCACAAACUACUGCCCACCCUCCAUUGAAGUCUAUCUGAAGGAGCAUCAGAACUUGCGAUCGAUUGUCUGGGAUGAGCCGCGAUUCGCGGGAAAACUCCUGAAGAUCUACAAGUCACAUUUCCCUGGUGCCUUGUUUAAAGCUGGAGAUCACACAAUCAAAUACGAGGCCACCACCACCGAUGGAAGAACUCUAAGCUGCACUUUCAUUAUCUAUGUCAAACAUGCAAAGCCCAGUCCUCCACCUACCCAGCCAGAGAUCAAUUUUGACUCAGAACCCUUUGCUCUCCCUGAGGCUCCUGGGACCUAUGUCAUCUGCCCGGAUAAGGAGCCAGUCCUUGUGACUUCUGAUCAAUCCGUUGAGCUGCCCGUUGGAUGCACUUUAAAGAACGUGCGUCCGCAAUCGAGUCCCCAGAAACAAUUGAAACGAGGGAAACUCACUUCGCUGUGGCAUCAUUAUACCAAUUUCUGAUGUCUGUAACUAUUGUGUAAAAUAUAUACACACGACUAUCUGCUACGUUGUGUGUACUAAUUGAUGCGCAAUUUAUACAAAUAUUUUUGUACGACUUUUGUAUGCUUACUUUAAAUAAAUACUUUUAAAAUAA